UCCACAGCAGCUCCUCUUUGUUUUCUCUUCUGUUGGUUUGUUGUGUGAGCGUUCUGGAAAACAUGGUAAAAUGCCAUUUCAGCACAAUGUGCAUCAUCUGCACGGUGGUGUCCGUGGUCUCUGUGGGCCUCCUGGUUGGAAUCUGGACCUUCCAGUUUCUUGCAUAUGCAGAAACUCCAGCUGCACUGUGGGAAAACUACCGUCUCCCUGAUAACCUUCUUCCAGACGUCUACUACGUCACCCUGUGGCCGCGGCUUCAACAGGAUGACCGCGGGCUCUACAUCUUCACUGGAAACUCCAGCGUGGUCUUCAGAUGUGUGAAAGAAACCGAUCUGAUCCUCAUUCACUCCAACAAGCUGAACCUGACCACUGCUGGUGGACAUCUGGUUCGACUGACUGCGAUCAGUGAUGCACCUGCACCAGCUAUAAGUUCCACCCGGAUGGAGGUGACCACCCAGUACCUUGUAAUUCAGCUUAACGGCAAAUUAAAAGCAGGAAGAUCCUAUGAGCUCUUCACCGAAUUCAUAGGGGAGCUCGCUGAUGACCUGGCGGGUUUCUACAGGAGCGAGUACUUUGAAGAUGGAGUAAGAAAGGUUGUAGCCACCAGUCAAAUGCACCCAACUCAUGCCCGUAAAACCUUCCCCUGCUUCGAUGAACCUGCCAUGAAAGCUGUCUUCCACAUCACUGUCCUGCAUGAGCGAGGAACGGUCGCUCUCUCCAACGGGAUAGAAAUUGAAACAUUGAACACCACAGUUGAUGGCACUGCUGUCACCAUCACCAGGUUUGAACCCACGCAGAGAAUGUCAUCAUACCUCCUCGCUCUGGUUAUUAGUGACUACACAAAUGUGCAGUCAACAGAAAGCACUUUGAUUCGGAUUUGGGCUCGUAGGAAAGCGGUCACUGAUGGACACUGUGCCUAUGCCCUCAACCUCACUGGACGAAUCCUCCAGUUCUUUGAGGAUUACUAUAAGUUUCCCUACCCUCUCUCUAAAUCAGAUCAGAUCGCUCUGCCGGACUUCUACUUUGGAGCGAUGGAGAACUGGGGGCUGGUCACUUACAGAGAGACAAACCUCUUCUAUGAUCCACUCAUCUCCUCAAACGCAAACAAAGAGAAAACAGCCACUAUAAUUGCCCAUGAGCUGGCGCACAUGUGGUUUGGAAACCUUGUGACUCUGAAAUGGUGGAAUGAGGUUUGGUUGAUUGAAGGUUUUGCCACCUAUGUGUCUUUCCUCGGCGCAGACUAUGCUGAACCCACCUGGAAUCUGAAAGACCUGAUCAUUCUGGAUAACCUCCACAAAGCUUUUGCCGUGGACGCUCUGGCUUCCUCCCGCCCUCUCUCCUCUAAAGAGGAGGACAUCACGAGACCAGAGCAGAUCAGCGAGGUGUUUGACACCAUCUCCUACAGCAAGGGGGCAUCAGUGCUGAGGAUGCUCUCAGACUUCCUAACAGAGCCGGUCUUCCUUCUGGGCCUGAAGACCUACCUGAACACGUUUGCCUAUAAGAACACGGUGGGCUCAGAUCUGUGGGAUCAUCUCCAAAGAGCAGUCGACACCAAUGGAACGGUUCUUCUCCCCAUGACGGUUGGAGAAAUCAUGGACCGCUGGGUUCUUCAGAUGGGUUUCCCAGUGGUCACCAUCAACACUGUUACUGGGCAGCUGUCUCAGAAACACUUCCUGCUGGACCCUGAGUCUCUAGUGGACGCUCCGUCUCAGUUUGAUUAUGAGUGGAUCGUCCCUGUUAACUGGAUGAAGUCGGGGGUGGAGCAGACGCCGGUGUGGCUCCUGGAGAGGAGCGCGUUCCACAGUGAGAUGAAGACGGUGGGGGAGGACUGGGUGCUGCUGAAUCUUAACCUGACAGGACAUUACAGAGUGAACUACAACGUGGAGAACUGGGAGCGCAUCCUGAACCAGCUCAACAGCAACCACCAGGCUGUUCCAGUCAUUAACAGGGCCCAAAUUGUGGAUGAUGCCUUUAACCUCGGCAGGGCAAAGCUGAUUCCCGUCAGUUUAGCUUUGAACACAACCAAGUUCCUCGCGAAGGAGACGGCCUACCUGCCCUGGCAGUCAGCCUUAAAUAACCUGGACUAUUUCUGCCUCAUGUUUGACCAAACACUUGUCUAUGAGAGCAUGCAGGCGUAUCUCAGGAAGCAAAUUACGCCGCUUUUCGAACACUUCAGGAACAUCACCACAGACUGGACGGAAGUACCUGACGGACACACAGAUCAGUAUAAUCAGGUGAACGCUAUCAGGGUGGCCUGCAGCACCGGAGUGGACGGCUGCCAGAACCUCACUGCAGAAUGGUUCACACAGUGGAUGCAACAUCCAGAGCAGAACCCGAUUCACCCAAACCUGAGGUCCACAGUGUAUUGCAGUGCUGUGGCUGCAGGGGGCGCCAAAGAGUGGGACUUUGCCUGGGAGAUGCUCCAGACUGCCAGCAUCGCUAGUGAGGCGGAUAAACUGAUGUCAGCACUGGCCUGCACUAAAGAUACCGGACUCUUAGAGAGGUAUCUGACCUUCACUCUGGACCCGAUGAAGAUUCGGAAACAGGACGCCACCUCGGUCAUCGUUCAGAUCGCCGGGAACGUAGAGGGGCGGAGUUUAGCGUGGAAUUUCAUCACCCUGAACUGGAGAUACAUUUUCACUGAGUACGGCGUCGGGUCAUUUUCCCUCUCUAAGCUGAUAAGCGGCGUAACACGGGCGUUUUCCACUCAGUGUCAGCUUGACCAGCUGCUGCAGUUUAAGGAGCAGAACGCCGAUGUGGGCUUCGGCUCGGCGAGCUCGGCUCUGGAUCAGGCCAUCGAGAAGACCAGAGCCAACAUGAAGUGGGUCUCCGAGAACCAGAGAGAGAUCAGGGACUGGUUCAGAGCAGAAGCAGCCUGAACCCAGAGCACCGCAUCACCUCAGCCUCACAGCAGGAGGACCUGCAGAUACUGUAAAAUUUUAUAACCUGAUUGUGCAAACAAAUCACUUUUAUAGCAGGGUUUUAAGAUAAUAUUCAUUUAAGCUUCAAACAUUAAAACACUUAGUGUUCUUUUGUUAAAGGGCUCAUAACAUUUAAACUUGUUUUUCUUUACAUAAGAGUGGCUGUAGUUGAUGUAGUACUCUCACAGUUUGUAGUAUGUAGUAAAUCGUGUGUUACUGCUUUUAUAUGAUUCUGAAUGCGUCUUAAUUUCCAUUUUUUCUAAACUUACAUUUCGAGUUUAGGGUCCUGUUUCUUUAAGAAGGUGAAGGUAGGUGAGACUGGGGUAGAGAGAAGAGAGAUCAGAGAGAUCAGGUGCACUUACACUAAAUAUGUUCUCCACAUAUUGUAUUUCUGAAGUGUUUCGUGUUGUUGUGUCUGUAGUUUGGACUCAUUUGAGUCUCUUUUAGCGGAAACCUUGUCCUAAAUUCUUGCUGACCAUCUGUGUAUGAAAUGCAAGUGAGUUCAGGUUUAAUAGUAUUUAUGAUGGAGAGAUUAAUGAAAAGAAGGCUGGCUUACUGUCCUUGUAAAAGAAACCAUGUGUAAAAUCCUCUCUUGCUUUGAGUGAUGAUGAAGCAAAAGGCACAAUAAUGUAACAGUUGUCUGUUGUUGUUGUUCUUCUUCUUCUUUCGGCUGCCCCCUUUAGGGGUCGCCACAGCGGAUCAUCUGCCUCCAUCUUGCCCUAUCCACUGCCUCCUCUACUUUUACACCAACCAUCUGCAUGUCCACCUUCACUACAUCCAUAAACCUUCUCUGAGGUCUACCUCUUCUCCUUCUACCCGACAGCUCCACCAUAACACUGUGGGCUAAAACCAUCCACACAUGGAAAUACAUAUAUAAGCAUGUUAUGGGACACAUCUUAGUACAUAAAACAUACUUUCCUCAUAAACAUCCUCUACUCUUCACUUUGUUGCAAUAAUGCAAAAUACACAGACUGUCUUUAAAGACAGAAGAACAAAGGUAAACCAGAAACUAUUUCCAGGGUAUGCAUCUCAUUUCCAACCAAAUACACUUCCGAGGAC